AUAGAGGGAACACUGGACAAGUCUCUAAAUCAUGGUAUUCUGCCUGUAAGAUCUAUAGGUAUUUCUUAACAAUGGUAUCUCACAAAAGAUACAAGUUAUGCUUUAGUCUUUCCUUAUGCCAGAAGAGUGCAUUGUUGGCAGUGGUUAGAGUGCUGGACUAGGACCGGGGAGACCCGAGUUCAAAUCCCCAUUCAGCCAUGAAACCAGCUGGGUGACUCUGGGCCAGUCACUUCUCUCUCAGCCUAACCUACUUCACAGGGUUAUUGUGAAAGAGAAACUCAAGUAUGUAGUACACUGCUCUGGGCUCCUUGGAGGAAGAGCGGGAUAUAAAUGCAAAAUAAUAAUAAAAUAAUAAUAAAUUGAACCCAGGCUGUGUAUUUAGUGUAAGGAUUUCAAUACAAAAAUAGAGAGGCAAACAAGUACUUCCAUCAAAGAGUCUCCACUGAACAUAAUGUAAAAUUUGAUGGAGGUGGUGUGCUAUUUUGCUGUGGUUACCAAUAGCACGAAAGUGAAUUAAUUUUAGAAACAGCAGCCAGUUUAAGUGUUAUAUGCAUUAAUAGUUAAUAUUGAUCUUCUUUCUUUAUCUUCAUGUAAUUAAUGGAUGUAACAGACUCGAAAGUUCACAUACUUCAACAAGAAGGUUUCAAAGGGAGGCUCUAUCAUGAAACUACUGAGUUGGAAUUCAUAUGCUGAUUUGACACUAUCAGACUUUGGCUCAGAAGGGACUGGGAGUGGCUAGCUCACUUGCUGAAGCUAAGCAGGUCUUGGUGUGGUCAGUGUUUGGAUGGAAGACCCAUGUAUGUCACCUUUGGAGAUGAGGCUGUUGCUCCAUGGGAAUGCAGAUGUUUUGCAAGCAAGAGGUCCCAGGUUCAAUCCCUGGCAUAUCCCGGCAGAGCUGGGGAAAACUCCUGCCUGAAACCUUGAAGAAGCUACUGCCAGUGUAGACAAUACUGAGCUAGAUGGACCAAUGGUCUGACUCGGUAUAAGGUAGCUUCCUAUGUUCCUAAUGUUUAUAAUAUUUCCAUAAUAUCACAGAGUCAGGGUAUACAAGUGUGUUUGUGGGACAGACAUGUCAAAAGCAACAGCCUAUUAUAUGAUAAUAAAAAUGGUAGUCUAAAGAAUUUGUUGAACUUUCAAAGAUGUGGAUGAUUUUCACCCUUCUUUCUACAUUCCCCUUUUUGUUAUAUGUUCGUUGUUUCAAAAACCCUGUCUGAGAAUUGGGCUGGCUAUGGUAAUCUUCUAAUCUUGCCAAAAGAUCCAGAUAAUUUUCCUUGUGGUGCUGAAGAUAGAAAUAGCUGCACUACAGGACAAAUAGGAGAGAAUUUGAUUGUUCCUGGUGGUGUGAAGACUAUUGAGGCAAAUGGGCGAAUGGUUAUUCCUGGUGGUAUUGAUGUCAAUACUUAUCUCCAGAAGCCUUAUCAAGGCAUGACGGCUAUUGAUGACUUCUAUCAAGGCACAAAGGCAGCUUUAGCAGGAGGCACAACCAUGAUCAUUGACCAUGUCCUUCCUGAGCCUGGCUCCAGCUUAUUAACCUCAUUUGAAAAGUGGCAUGAAGCAGCGGACACCAAAUCCUGUUGUGAUUACUCCCUCCAUGUGGAUAUCACCAGCUGGUAUGAUGGGAUCCGGGAAGAGCUGGAUAUACUGGUGCAAGAUAAAGGUGUUAAUUCUUUCCAAGUUUACAUGGCCUACAAAGAUCUCUACCAAAUGACUGAUAGCCAGCUCUAUGAAGCCUUCACAUUUUUGAAAAGUCUUGGAGCUGUAAUCAUGGUACAUGCUGAAAAUGGAGAUUUGAUAGAUCAGGAACAAAAACGUAUGCUUGAGAUGGGAAUAACUGGACCUGAGGGGCAUGCUUUGAGCAGACCAGAGGAGCUUGAAGCAGAAGCUGUUUUCCGGGCCAUCACCAUAGCUAGUCGGAUCAACUGUCCAGUGUAUAUCACCAAGGUCAUGAGUAGGAGUGCAGCUGAUAUCAUUUCACUGGCUAGAAAGAAAGGUGCUCUUGUUUUUGGGGAGCCAAUCACUGCCAGCUUGGGGACAGAUGGGACACAUUACUGGAGCAAAAACUGGGCCAAGGCUGCGGCAUUUGUGACCUCGCCACCUCUGAGUCUGGAUCCUACAACCCCGGAUCAUUUGACUUCACUUUUAGCAUGUGGUGACCUGCAGGUGACUGGAAGCGGCCACUGUACUUACAGCACAGCUCAGAAGGCUGUCGGGAAAGACAACUUUACUCUGAUUCCUGAAGGAGUUAAUGGAAUUGAAGAGAGGAUGACAGUUGUCUGGUAUAAAUGUGUAUCUACAGGUAAAAUGGAUGAAAACCAGUUUGUUGCAGUUACCAGUACCAAUGCGGCCAAAGUCUUUAAUUUGUAUCCACGGAAGGGCAGGAUUGCUGUGGGCUCUGAUGCUGACAUUGUGAUCUGGGAUCCAGAGAAGGGGAAGACAAUCACAGCCAAAAGCCAUAAAUCGGCUGUGGAAUAUAAUAUCUUUGAAGGCAUGGAAUGCCACGGCGCUCCCCUCGUAGUCAUUAGCCAAGGGAAGAUUGUGUUUGAGGAUGGGAAUCUCCAUGUAAGUAAAGGAAUGGGUCGCUUCAUUCCCCGGAAGCCUUUCCCUGAAUACCUUUAUCAGCGCAUCAGAAUUAGGAAUAAGGUAACAGAAUUACAAGGAGUAUCCAGAGGAAUGUAUGAUGGGCCAGUCUAUGAAGUCCCAGUGACACCAAAAUAUGCAACUCCUGCACCUUCCACUAAAUCAUCUCCUGCCAAAAACCAGCCUCCUCCAAUCAGGAACCUCCACCAGUCUAAUUUUAGCUUAUCAGGUGCUCAAAUAGAUGAUAACAACCCACGCCGUACUGGACAUCGCAUUGUUGCGCCCCCUGGUGGCCGCUCCAAUAUUACUAGUCUUGGGUGAGCGUGGAUGGAAACCAGGAAACCAAGAAUGAAGGCUCAUGGGAAUAAUCUUAUUUCCCUUCUGUGUCUGUGUUGUUGAACCCACAAUUUUAUUCGGUACUAAUGAGGGGGGGAAAUGAAUGGUCUUUAAAAAAAAAAGGUUUUGCAUAGAAAGAGGUCAUCAUAGUGUGGUGUGUUUGCUUGGAACUAAUUGCUUCACAAUUGUGCUUUCAUACCUUUGUCACCUUAAAGCAUGGUGCUUCCAUUGCCCCGUUAGUGACUCUUCUGCUUUUAGCUUUGUCUUGUAACUCUCUGAUGGUUCCUUUGCACCCCCCACCCCCCACUAGCUGUGCUAGAGUAGUUGAUGCAUGUUACUAAGUUAUUGAUGCAAGUUGCAGUUUGUGAGUGAGUCCAUUUUAGAACACGUUGCCAACAAUUAACUAGACACGAUGCCAAGAUAAGAGAUUCCACUAAAGAAGGAAGAUGAUGGACAUUUUAAGAGUAUGCAGUAGACUAGGACAAGCGGCUUUCUGUUGAUGUAUUUCGUUUUAUUCUAGAUCCAACUAGGAGGCAUUGCCAACUAAAAGCUUCACUAGAGGAGAGCCCAGGAGCUCUGAUCCACUUAGUACAUUCCAGGUCUGUAUCACUGUUUGUUUGUUUUUAGGAAGAGCCAUAACUUCCACCCAGCGACGCUGUUGCCAUCUUGUUCAGGGGAUUUCCACAACUGGGCAGUAGUGCUCGCCUUUUGCAUGCAAUUUUUUUGGUACUUGCAAACAAUUCAAAUUGCUGUUGGGUUUUUAAAGUUUUUGUACAAAGUUUUUUCUCCUUUUUAAUCACGUUCAUUUUUACUUACAACAGUGUAUCAGAUCGACUAGUUGUGGUUCAUUUUCUGAAUUUGAAGGCUUGUGAAAUAAAAAGAGAAGGAAAAGAAAAGAAAAGAAAUGAAA